GGGAUGGGAUCUCCGCGGGAUGCGGGGAUGGGAUCUCCGCGGGAUACCGGGAUGGGAUACCCGCGAGAUGCGGGGCUGGGAUCGCCGCGGGAUGCGGGGCUGGGAUCGCCGCGGGAUACCGGGAUGGGAUCUCCGCGGGAUGCGGGGAUGGGAUCUCCGCGGGAUACCGGGAUGGGAUACCCGCGAGAUGCGGGGCUGGGAUCGCCGCGGGAUGCGGGGCUGGGAUCGCCGCGGGAUGCGGGGCUGGGAUCGCCGCGGGAUGCGGGGCUGGGAUCGCCGCGGGAUGCGGGGCUGGGAUCGCCGCGGGAUGCGGGGCUGGGAUCGCCGCGGGAUGCGGGGCUGGGAUCGCCGCGGGAUGCGGGGCUGGGAUCGCCGCGGGAUGCGGGGCUGGGAUCGCCGCGGGAUGCGGGGCUGGGAUCGCCGCGGGAUGCGGGGCUGGGAUCGCCGCGGGAUGCGGGGCUGGGAUCGCCGCGGGAUGCGGGGCUGGGAUCGCCGCGGGAUGCGGGGCUGGGAUCGCCGCGGGAUGCGGGGCUGGGAUCGCCGCGGGAUGCGGGGCUGGGAUCGCCGCGGGAUGCGGGGCUGGGAUCGCCGCGGGAUGCGGGGCUGGGAUCGCCGCGGGAUGCGGGGCUGGGAUCGCCGCGGGAUGCGGGGCUGGGAUCGCCGCGGGAUGCGGGGCUGGGAUCGCCGCGGGAUGCGGGGCUGGGAUCUCCGCGGGAUGCGGGGCUGAGCCAGCCGCGGGAUGCGGAGCCGAGUCGGUCACGGGAUGCAGAGAUGGGAUACCCCCGGGAUGCGGAGAUCGCAUCUCCGCGGGAUGCGCUGCGGGCGCGGCCGCAGCUGCUGCGAGCCUCCAGCCUGCCCGAUGCGCUGCCCCCCGGCCAGAGCCCCCCGGCUGGAGCCUCGCCCCUCCGAACCCCCCCGCAGCACUGCCGAGAGCAGGGCGGUUCGGAAAGCAUCGCCUGGCGUGGCUCCGACAGCAGCGCCGUGACCCCGCCCCGGGAGAUGCGCUCGGAGCAGGACGGACCCCUGGGACAGCCCGGACCCCUGGGGCAGCCCGGAUCCCUGGGACAGCCCGACGGGGUUGUGCCGGGGCCGGGCCCCGCGCAGCCCCCCUGGCUGAACCAGCAGCUGCAGGUGGUGAUGGAGAGCGGGGGCGAGGAGGGCGAUGCCGCCGAGAUGGGCGGGGGUGAAGCAGCCGCCCUCCAGCUGGCAGGGGAGAACGGGAGCCCUGCGGGAACGGGGCUCGGUGUGAGUGAGAUGGACCUGAAGGUGCUGAAGGAAGGUGAGGAGAGGGAUGUGCAGGCUGAAGAGGACGAGGGGAGCGGUGAUCCCCAGGCUCCUGAAGCUGGGGUCACGGCGCUGAAGCAGCAGAUCGCUCACCUGCAGCAGCAGCUGGCCAGGAAGAAAGAGGAGCUCGAGCAGGUCAGGGCAGUGCUGGAGCAGCAGGACCAGGAGAUCCAGGAGAAGGAGAGAAGCAUUAAGCUGCUGGCCAGCCGCAAAGCCGAGCUGGAAGAGCAGCUGUGCCGGGAGAAGUGCAAGGGCAGCGGGGCCCGGCCGUGCCGGGAUGCGGCGGUGAACACGGAGCCCUGGCAGCCGGCAGGGCUCGGGCUGGGCCAGGACAAAGCCAUCAGCGCCGACAUCCCGCUGCCCGGCGGCAGCGCCCGGGGCGGGGAGCAGGGACCGGCUCCGGCACGUCCUGCGGGCGCUGCUGCUCCGUGCUUCGCCCCGCUGCAGAUCCACGAGCACCCCGGCGACCACAACCGGAACCGGCAGAACCAGCAGAACUCCACAGCCGAACGCGAGGCAGGCUUUGGGGAGGAGAAACCUCGGGAAGGAGCCCCUGGCCACGAGGAUGUCCCGGCUGUCGACCCCAUCGGGCAGUACGUGAAGAAGAUCCAGGAGCUGCUGCAGGAGCAGUGGCUGUGCUUGGAGCACGGCUACCCCGAGCUGGCCAGCGCCAUCAAGCAGCCAGCCUCCAAGCUCAGCUCCAUCCAGAACCAAUUAGUUAAUUCCCUCAACUCCCUGCUCUCUGCCUACUCCUCACAAGGGCCUGUGGAUAAGGAGAAUUCCAACACACGCUAUCAACAGUUGGAAAACUCUCCAACCACAAGUCUUAAAUCCAUCAUGAAAAAGAAAGGUUAUGGUUUCCAUGCAGGAGGCAAUGGGACCAAAAAGAAUCUCCAGUUUGUUGGGGUAAAUGGUGGCUACGAGACAACGUCAAGUGAAGACUCGAGCUGUGAGGAGAGCGACAGCGACACCGAGACCGAGGGCAGAGCUGGGGAUGUGGAGCCCGAGCAGGCUGGAAGGGAAAACAAAGGGGCUUCCUCGGGCCAGAAGAGUGAGGAUGAUGAUGAUGGUGAUGGUGAUGAUGCUGGGCAGGAGGAAUCAGCAGGAGCAGCACCCUGCUCUGAGCACCAGGCUCACAGAUGCAAACCCUCUGAAGAUUUCCUUGCUGCCUGCCAGCUCCUCAGUGAACACCUCCCAGAAAUCAGGAGCACAAGCAACAAACAUCUGCAGCCCGUGCUCGCCUCCAUCUCCCAGGAGUGGUUCCAGGUGUCCAGCCACAAGUGUUCCAGCCCAGAGGUGGUGGCAGAGUACCUGGAGGUGCUGGGGGACAUCCAGCCCCAGCUGCUGGAGGCCGUGGUGAACCUGCCUGACAGGAAUGGCAACACUGCCCUGCACUACAGCGUGUCCCACUCCAACUUCCCGGUGGCAAAGCUCCUGCUGGACACAGGGAUGUGCUGCCUGGACCUGCAGAACCGCGCUGGCUACACGGCCGUGAUGCUCACGCCUCUGGCAGUGCCCGAGACCCGCCAGGACAUGGAGGUGGUGAUGAGGCUGCUCAAGGAGGGGGAUGUCAACCUCAGAGCUGCCCAGGGAGGUCAGACCGCCCUGAUGCUGGGGGUGAGCCACGACAGGGACGACAUGGUGCGAGCGCUGCUGUGCUGCCAGGCCGAUGUCAACCUGCAGGACGAGGAGGGGAGCACGGCGCUGAUGCUGGCCUGCCGCCAGGGCAACGCUGACAUGGUCAGGCUGCUGCUGGCCCAGCCCGGCUGCCGGGUCACCCUGACCGACAAGGGAGGGAACUCAGCACUGUCACUGGCCCACGGGGACAUCGCCGCUCUCCUGCGCGCCCACGUGGAGCUCAGCCCGUCCCUGGCCGUGUGACAGAGCAGGACAGGAGCUGGGAGCUCACAGCUCAGUGUGACACUGCCAGCAGGACAGACAGAGCAG